GCGCGGUGCCACCCACAGCUAUUUAUGCUGGAGCUCCAGCCUGCUUUCUGCUGGAGAUGUCACCUCUGAUCCUGUCUCCUUUUCUGGAAGCCCUGCAGUGGGGCUGGCACCGCUCCUGUGCUGAGGCCAUGGGGUCAGUGAGGGUCCCCAGCAUUUUUCUUGCCACCCCAAGGUGCAGGCAGGGUUGGGGGCGAGGUGUGAGUCCCCUGAUUCCCGUGAUUCUGUCACAGCUGUGGGGAUCUCUGCCUGGCACUGCAUGAGGUGCCACCUAGCAGACAAAAAUUCCUUUUUGGAGACCAGCCUGGGGCAACCUUGGGGGGACAGUGCUGAGCCCCUGGGUCAGUGCUGCCACAGUGUGGGGGUUCACCUUCUGCCCCUCUCCCCCAGUCCUGUGUGCUGAGCGGGUGGUCAGGAUCACGAAGACAUACCACGAUAUUGACGCUGUCACCAACCUGCUGGAUGAGAAAGAGAGGGACCUGGAGUUAGCAGCACGCAUUGGGCAGUCCCUGUUGAAGCAGAACCGGAGCCUGACUGAGCACAAUGAGCUCCUGGAGGAGCAGCUGGAAUUGGCCAAAGAGGAGAUCGCGCAGCUGCGCCACGAGGUCUCCAUGCGGGAUGACCUUCUCCACUUCUACACCACCACAACAGAGGAGAGCGAGCCCACCACCACCACCUCCACACCGCUGCGCAGGCACGAGUCCUCGCUGUCCUUGCAGCAGUACUUCCAGUACGACACCUUGCAGCAGAAACUCAAGUGCUUGGAGGAGGAGAACCAGAAGCUCCGGAUGGAGGCCACCAACAUCGCCACUGAGACCUGUCAGUACGAGGACCAGGAGCAGCAGCUGAUGAUCGACUGCGUGGAGCAGUUUUCCGAAGCCAGCCAGCAGGUCGUUCAUCUGUCGGAGGAGCUGGCACGCAGGGCGGAGGACGCGGCACGGCAGCAGGAGGAGAUCAGGCA